AGAUCAAAGACACUGACAGGAGAAAAUGUUAUACCUGAGGGGGUAUGUUGCUUUCGUCCUUGGUGCCUUUUUCCUUAUUGCCAAAUCCAGUCAUGGUUCUGAGAUUAUCAAUGGGAAAGAAGUGCAGCCACACUCCCUGCCUUUCAUGGCUCUGCUGACUUCUCUUAAACCAGAUUGCGGAGGAACAUUAAUUAAUUCCAAUUGGGUUCUAACUGCUGCGCACUGCGAAGGCGUGAAGACUGUGAUGUUGGGAGUCCACUCCAUCAAGAACAAGGAAAAGGAAAAACCAUACAGGCAGGUCUUUAAAGUGAAGAGCAGUUUUCCUCACCCUAGUUUUAAUCACAAAACCUUUGACAAUGACUUCAUGUUGCUCAAGCUGAAAAAGGCAGUGAAGCGAACCAAAUGGGUGAGACCUCUCAAGCUGACUACAGUUGUCAAAGACCCCGAGGAAGGUUCAGUCUGUAUGGUGGCUGGAUGGGGAAAAACCAGCAUGGAUUCAAAUCGCUUGUCAGAUGUUUUGAUGUCAGUCAAUGUGACUGUGGUUGGCAGAAAGAAGUGCAGCUCACCGGCUUUUUACAAUCAUCUCAUAACUGACAACAUGAUUUGUGCUGGGUGGAAUGGGAACAUCCAAGCUGACACCUGUCAGGGGGAUUCUGGUGGGCCAAUUCUGUGCGAUGGAGCUGUAGUUGGAGUUACGUCUUUUGGACGUGGGUGUGGAUACAAAACCAAACCUGGCGUGUACGCUUUCCUCACCGAAGAUCACCUUGACUGGAUCAAGACGACAGUGAACCAAUGAGAUAAUCAAUAAGCCUUGGUUGAAUGUUGCUGUUUUACUCAUUCAACCACUUUUCUUGCUCUCCUAUGUUAUACAACUUACAUUUUCCUUCUUAAAGAUGUAUGCGCAGGCAGCAAUUGAACAAAUAAAAACUGAGCUUUAGCUUGUUACAGCAAACUUUAAAACCUGUUUGUGUAAAUCACUUUAUUAAAGGAUUAAAAAGUAAAGUAUUAUAUUUCUGGCCCUGUACCAGUAGAUUAGCCACAUACAAAAACCUCUGAGCGUGAUGUUUUCUAUGACAGCUGUAGCUGUACCGUCUCAAACAAACUGUUUAAACACAGCAAAUAUACUUCCAAAAUUGAUGGAAUUGCAAAGAUCUAAAAAUGAUCUUCACAUGAGUAGAUAUAACAUUUUGGUGGAUGGUUGUUUUAAGACAGCAGAAGAUGACUUUGGUUUCAGUCUCAGUUUGACAAGCUGUUAUCUUAAGUUUGUGGGCAAAAACAUAACUGUUGAAGCUACCAACCCCAAGGAAUCAGAC